ACGACAAGAAUCUGUGCAUAAGUCCUCUUCAGCAGCCGUAUGUCAUUCGUGUAGCUCUGCAGUUGGCGGGGGAUUUAUCAAGCGAAGCGACGUUGACGACUCGACGGAUACCACCACACGCUCACAUCCUCUUCGUCUUCUUCCUUUCAAACUUCUUUGAGCUUGCUAUACAAUGUCAGAUCUGAGCGCAAAGCAACCCUGCGCAGACUGUGUCACGGGCCACCUGCACGAAGGCCCGACAUCAGGCACCGAGCAGAAACUCUUUGGUCUCGACACCUAUGUCGCCGGCGAUAAGGCCGAACAUAUAGUCAUUUGCUUCACAGACAUCUUUGGCUGGAAGAUCAAUAAUGUUCGUUUGAUUGCAGACCUGAUCUCGAGACAGACUGGCUACCAGGUCCUCAUUCCUGACUUCCACCAGGGCGACUCAUUGCCGCUGCUCGUGGAUGAGGUCCUGCAACCUGACCCAAAGGCACCGCCCAAGCCUUUCUUUACGCGAGCAAAGAACAUGAUGAGCGUGGUGGGCAGUGCAGCUCCUUGGUUCUAUCGUCACCGCGAGGCUACAUCCCGACCGCUCAUUGAAAACUUUAUCGAGCAAUUACGCAGACAGCACCCAGGCGCCAAGGUGGCCGGCAUUGGUUACUGUUGGGGUGGUCGUUAUGCUUUGCUAGGUACACAUGCUCGGGACACAUCGACGGAUCCCCUACUAGAUUGUGCUGUACUCUGCCACCCUUCGCUGACCAGCGACAGUGAGUAUGCCGCAGCCAAACGACCCAUUUCGCUACAGAUUGGUGAUCAGGACCAAGGCAUGUCGAUGGCAAAGGUCGAAAGUGCUCGCAAGAUUAUCGAUGAGCACAAAAUGGGCCAAACCAUCAUCUACCCUGGUCAGAAGCACGGGUUCGCUGCUCGAGGCUCACAAACAGAGGAAGACACAGUCAAGGCACAAAACAAGUGUAACGCCGAUGCGAUUGCGUUUUUCAAAGCUCAUCUUUGAUGGUUGAGUCGGUCUGCAGCCUCAAGUGGAAGGCCUAAUUCUUGUAAAUUGUUUCUUUUGCUAUAUAGUCCACAAAUCAACCCUGUUUAAAGCAAGAGCUCGAGAGGGUUCUCGAGGAUUCGCUUAAGCGCAGCCGUGAACUUGGCACCCACGGCACCAUCGACAACUCGGUGGUCUGAUGACAGGGUGCACUUCAUCACCUUGACGGACUUGAAGCCGCGCUCAGAGGUAGGGUCGAGCUCGAGCACAUCUGCCGUCUGACCAACAGCCAAAAUACACGCCUGAGGUGGGUUGAUGAUGGCAGUAAAUUGGUCAAUGCCAAACAUGCCCAAGUUGGAGAUGGUGAACGUACCACCCUGGUACUCAUUUGGCUGCAAU